CCAUGAAUGGGAGAACGGACAACGUCUUAGGAGCUCUGCGUGGUGCUUUGACUGUUCAUGCUCACGUCGGCUAGUCGGCCAAAGGGUCAGACGAGGAUGGAUUUGGACUCUAUGAAGUAUGCGGAGCUGCGAAACCUGGCGAAGGAGCUGGGCCUGAAGGCAAACAUGAAGGCCGAUAAGCUUCUGAGAGCCAUUAAACUACACUAUGAACAAGAAGGGGCAAAAGACGAGGGAGCGCAGGGACAAGAGAGCGAUACUGUCCGAGCAGAUGAGGAUGCAGCCCCGGACACUGUCCAGGGGAAUCAAGGUGAUUCUCCCAAGGCUGCUGUGUUUGUGAACACACGUCGUGGUAGGAGAAACUGCACCAAGAGAGAGUGUCCUGCUGAGGCUGAUGACCCGGCUGGGUCCUGUGGUACACGACGCAGUGCAGGGGCCAAGAAGAGCAGAGAGGCGUCCCCAGGCAGGGACCCUGCUGCAAUGGCUGAGCUGGAGCCCCAGCCUGCUGCCGGUGACCAGCAGCGACCUGAUGCCCAGGACAAAGCUCCCGUAAAUGCUGAACGAGAAAAGGCACCAAAACUGGCCAAAGGUGGCAAGAUCCCUCGGUACCAAGGGCUCCAGCAGAAGAGCAAGCCUUUGUUAAAGCCCAUCACUCCAAACUUCAAAAAGCUCCAUGAGGCCCAGUUCAGCAAGAUGGAAUCCAUUGACAGCUAUGUUCAGCGGAAGAUCCCCAAAAACCCGAUAAAAGACCUGAAGAAGAAUCCAGCUCGUUCCACAAUGUUCAGUCCAGUUUCCCUCACUAAGACACCAGCUGAAGAAAAGCGUCAACAUCAUUUGGUCUCCGGCAGUAAAAUCCCUUCUAUGAAACCUGCUGGAAAAGAAGGCGGUCAGUUCAGACCGUCUGUCCUUUCUACGCGCAGGAUCAACGUCCGAUUCUCAGAAGCUACGCUUGACAACGAGUUCAAGAGGUCCCUGGUGAAGACGCCAGCCCGGAUGUCACCGUUCACUUCCAGCACCCCUCAAAAGCAGACAGGAGAUGUAAGGAAGAGCGGCAUCAAGACAUCAGGAGUAUCUGCCCAGAAGAGUACCGGAACGUUUGUUUUCACCGGCAACACGAGUGCUAUAGCAACCCCUGGAUCCCAGAAGAAACCCGCUUUCGACCUGAAGGCCAGUCUGUCGCGCCCCCUCAGCUAUAAACCCCACAAAGGUAAGCUGAAACCUUUCGGAGACGUCAAGGAAAACGCAGCGGGAAACAAGUCCGUGAUCGCCAAUCCUCGCCAAGAAAGCUACAAGCAGCCCAAAAUCCUGUCAAGGGAGGACCGGAGGACCAGGCAGGCGGAGAGCCGGAAACAGAAAAAGGAGAGCAUGCUGGGGGCGAGGAGAGGUCUGGUGAUGAUGUAGACAGGGGGAGGUGCUUCUCUUAGUGCCCGUCCAUAAAGCUUGUUUUACUGUAAAUAUUUUUGUAUUGUCAGAAAAGUAGAAGAGCUUCGAGAUUUUUUUUUUUUGUUUUGCUGCGUUUGUAAAAAAUUUGCUUCUUUUAUUCUGUUCAUGCUGCAUUUUAUCCGGUAUCGAGUAGACUUUUAGAUAAAGCUGGUGCUUUAAAUGUUUUAUACGCUUUUGUCAUUUACAUUCUUCUGAGGGGAAAACAUUUGAUGUCCAAAAGAUUGAUCAAAAUGAUUUUCAGAUGUUCAAUAUGUAGGAACUUUUGAGGUAUGACCUUUUUUGUUUUUCUAUUUUAUAAUAAAAUUGUAAAUUGUUCCUA